GGGCCGGGGGCGGGGGCGCCGGGCGGCCCAUUUCCUCCUCGGAGCCGGCCUGGAGGGAGACAAAGCGGCGGCCGUUGACUUCGGCUCUUGGCACUCCUGCGCUCGCCCCGCUCGCCGCAGAAAUGACUGCUGUCCACGCAGGCAACAUAAAUUUUAAAUGGGAUCCUAAAAGCCUAGAGAUUAGGACUCUGGCAGUUGAAAGAUUAUUGGAACCUCUUGUUACACAGGUUACAACUCUGGUAAACACUAAUAGUAAGGGGCCCUCUAAUAAGAAGAGAGGACGUUCUAAGAAGGCCCAUGUUUUGGCUGCAUCUGUUGAACAAGCAACCGAGAAUUUCUUGGAGAAGGGUGAUAAAAUUGCAAAGGAGAGUCAGUUUCUCAAGGAUGAACUUGUUGCUGCUGUGGAAGAUGUCCGAAAACAAGGUGAUUUGAUGAAGAGCGCUGCAGGAGAGUUUGCAGAUGAUCCCUGUUCUUCUGUGAAACGUGGCAACAUGGUUCGGGCAGCUAGAGCUUUGCUCUCUGCUGUUACCCGGUUGCUUAUUUUGGCUGACAUGGCAGAUGUCUACAAAUUACUUGUUCAGCUGAAAGUUGUGGAAGAAGGUAUUUUGAAACUGAGGAAUGCUGGCACUGAACAAGAUUUAGGAAUACAGUAUAAAGCCCUGAAACCUGAAGUGGAUAAACUGAAUAUCAUGGCAGCCAAAAGACAGCAGGAACUAAAAGAUGUGGGCCAUCGUGAUCAGAUGGCUGCAGCCAGAGGAAUCUUGCAGAAAAAUGUCCCGAUUCUCUAUACUGCAUCCCAGGCGUGCCUCCAGCAUCCUGAUGUUGCAGCCUACAAAGCCAACAGGGAUCUGAUCUAUAAGCAGCUGCAGCAGGCAGUCACCGGCAUCUCCAAUGCUGCACAGGCCACUGCGUCAGAUGAUGCCUCCCAGCACCAUGGUGGAGGAGGAGGAGAACUGGCGUAUGCACUCAACAACUUCGAUAAACAAAUCAUUGUGGAUCCCUUGAGCUUCAGCGAAGAGCGGUUUAGGCCUUCCCUAGAGGAGCGCCUGGAAAGCAUUAUUAGUGGGGCAGCGCUGAUGGCUGACUCCUCCUGCACUCGGGAUGAUCGGCGGGAGAGAAUCGUAGCUGAGUGUAAUGCUGUCCGUCAGGCCCUGCAGGACUUGCUCUCAGAGUACAUGGGCAAUGCUGGUCGUAAAGAAAGAAGUGAUGCACUGAAUUCUGCAAUUGACAAAAUGACCAAGAAGACCAGAGAUUUGCGUAGACAGCUUCGCAAAGCUGUCAUGGACCACGUUUCAGAUUCAUUCCUGGAAACCAACGUUCCGCUUUUAGUGUUGAUUGAAGCUGCGAAGAAUGGAAAUGAGAAAGAAGUUAAAGAGUAUGCCCAAGUUUUCCGUGAACAUGCCAACAAAUUGAUUGAGGUUGCCAACUUGGCCUGCUCCAUCUCAAAUAAUGAGGAAGGUGUGAAGCUUGUGCGAAUGUCUGCAAGCCAGCUUGAAGCCCUGUGCCCUCAGGUUAUCAACGCUGCCCUGGCUUUAGCAGCAAAACCACAGAGUAAGCUGGCCCAGGAGAACAUGGAUCUUUUUAAAGAACAGUGGGAAAAACAAGUUCGCGUUUUAACAGAUGCUGUUGAUGACAUUACUUCCAUCGAUGACUUCUUGGCCGUCUCAGAGAAUCACAUUUUGGAAGAUGUGAACAAAUGCGUCAUUGCUCUCCAAGAGAAAGAUGUUGAUGGGCUUGAUCGCACAGCUGGUGCAAUUCGAGGCCGGGCAGCCCGGGUCAUUCACGUGGUCACCUCAGAGAUGGACAACUAUGAGCCAGGGGUCUACACAGAAAAAGUGCUGGAAGCUACCAAGCUGCUCUCAAACACCGUCAUGCCACGGUUUACUGAGCAAGUCGAAGCAGCUGUGGAGGCCCUCAGCUCGGACCCUGCCCAGCCCAUGGAUGAGAACGAGUUUAUUGAUGCCUCCCGCCUGGUGUACGACGGCAUCCGAGACAUCAGAAAAGCCGUGCUGAUGAUAAGGACCCCUGAGGAGCUAGAUGACUCUGACUUUGAAACAGAAGACUUCGAUGUCAGGAGCAGGACAAGCGUCCAGACAGAAGAUGAUCAGCUGAUAGCUGGCCAAAGUGCCCGGGCGAUCAUGGCUCAGCUUCCCCAGGAGCAAAAGGCAAAGAUUGCAGAACAGGUGGCCAGCUUCCAGGAAGAAAAGAGCAAGCUGGAUGCCGAAGUUUCCAAGUGGGAUGACAGUGGCAAUGACAUCAUCGUGCUGGCCAAGCAGAUGUGCAUGAUCAUGAUGGAGAUGACGGACUUCACUCGAGGUAAAGGCCCUCUCAAAAACACAUCAGAUGUGAUUAGUGCUGCCAAAAAAAUUGCUGAAGCAGGAUCCCGGAUGGAUAAGCUCGGCCGAACCAUCGCAGACCAUUGUCCUGACUCGGCCUGCAAACAGGAUCUGCUGGCCUACCUGCAGCGCAUUGCCCUCUACUGCCACCAGCUCAACAUCUGCAGCAAGGUCAAGGCUGAAGUGCAGAACCUGGGUGGGGAACUCGUGGUCUCUGGGGUCGACAGCGCCAUGUCCCUGAUCCAGGCUGCCAAGAACCUGAUGAAUGCUGUGGUGCAGACUGUGAAGGCAUCUUACGUGGCCUCCACCAAGUACCAAAAGUCUCAGGGGAUGGCUUCUCUGAACCUCCCUGCAGUGUCAUGGAAGAUGAAGGCGCCUGAGAAAAAGCCCUUGGUAAAGAGAGAGAAACAGGAUGAGACACAGACCAAAAUUAAACGAGCAUCGCAGAAGAAGCACGUGAACCCUGUGCAGGCGCUUAGCGAGUUCAAAGCUAUGGACAGUAUCUGAGGCCGCCACGCCAGUUGUCCCCACCCCUUAAUGUUCCUUAAGAUCUAUCACUAUUCUUCAUUCAAACGUAUUUGCUAAACAGAACACUAAUGUUAAGAUUCAGUAGGGAAACAAAUGGGCAGAUUUUAAACCUGGUCAGGUGGUAAAUUUUGCAAGAACUGUGUUUUUGUUCACGUUGGCAAAAAAUACUUAUGGAAUUCAGGAGCAAAUUUCUAGUUAUAUUUUUAUAUGCUUAAAAACUCUGUAACCAAAGAAAACCCCAACUUCACUUGUUGGUAACACCCCUGACCAAGCUGUGCUGUCUUAGCAUUAGGGUUUGAGAGGUAGGGAUCUGGCCAGCCCUGGAGAAGGAAUGUUUCAGGAAGGUCUUCCCCUCAGAGAGAAACCCCAUGAAGCUCAGUCAGGGGAAAAGGUAUCAUGAAUAAAAAUGAUUACUCUAUGACAUAAAAUAAGAAUUUUAAUGCAUGGUUACAAUUACUAAUGCACUCUGCUGCAGGACAUUAAUAAAGUUGCUUUUUUCAGGCUAGAAUGUUGUGGUGCCAUAAUCAGAACACACUUUUUCCCUUUCUUUAGUUUCAAUGCAAAUUCAUCAUUGGACUCACUCUAAUAAUUGGAAUGUUUCCUGCCUUGGGCUUGCCAUAGAAGCCUGACAAAAUAGUGUUUGCUUAGGCAAUAAUUUAGCCUUUACCUUAUUUGUGAUUACUAUAGCGAUUACUAUAGCUGCAAGGUAUAAUUUUACUGUCUUAUUUAAAUUUUAUGAAAUUGAUGUUUUUUACACUAACUUUUUCCCAAUAAAGUCCACUAUGAAACCAAAAA